AUGUCUAAUAAAUAUAAUGUCCUUGUGGACAUGGAAGAUGCAGCUUAUACACAACCUGCUACUAUUGAAAGUGAUGGACUUGAAUUUCAAGACUUUUCGAGUAGUCGAGGAAUAAAUAACUCUUCUUCUUUAGCAUCAUCAUCACCAGCACCACCCCCACCACUAUCUACAGAUAAUACAAACUUCUUUGACUCGCCUCAACAAACUGGAGCACGUUCUUCUGGAAAACCUAUUUGGUCUCUUGAUUAUUAUUCGCAAUUCUUUGACGUUAAUACUUCUCAAGUUGUUGAACGAUGUUUAAAGUCAAUGUACCCGGUAGGAGAUUAUGCAGCAGACACGCUCAAUAAUCAACCCGAUUUAUAUGGUCCAUUCUGGAUUGCAACCACAGUUGUCUUUGCUGUCUUUGUUUGUUCUUCAUUAGCAGAUUCUUUAGCUGCUUACAUUGCAGGCAAAUCUCACGUUUAUGAUUUCACCCUUUUAAGUUUUGCUGUAGCAGUUGUCUACAUUUACGCCUUUCUAUGUCCUAUCAUUGUUUGGGCUUCAACGAAAUAUUUUGGUUGUCAACCUAGUUUGCUAGAUAUCAUUAAUUAUUAUGGAUAUGGCUUAACUAUCUGGAUACCAGUCUCUUUGCUCUGUAUUAUACCGUUUGAUUAUGCAAGAUGGGCUUUUGUAGGUGUUGCUUUUGUAAUUACGGCUGUCUUUUUAGUGAAGAACCUUUAUAUUGUCAUUUCAAGAACGGAUGCAAAGACAUCUCGUGUCAUUUUAUUAGCUAUUUUAUUUGCUCAUACCAUUUUUGCUUUGAUUCUUAAAUUGGCCUUUUAUACAAUGAUGCCUACAUUUACAUCAAAAAGACAACAAAAGAUUUGGGAAAGACAAAGGAAAGAAACAGAAUCUAGAAAAAAGUCUCCAGCAUCCUAUGUUAAUCAAACUCCAUUUCGAUAUGCAGAAAGAAACUUCAAGUCAAAGGUGCCACCACCUGAUUUUUCUCAAGUCCUUGAUUUUAAUACUAUUUAUGACGAUAGACCUAAAAAUGAAAACUAUAAAGAUAUUGUGGCUGUUGAAUUAAGCCAUAAUUUAAAAAAGCUUUCUUCAAUGUUUGGUGAUGAUGAUGAUCUAUCGAGUUCCAAAACAGCAGCCUAUAUUUUAAAAUCGGUGCCUGGUCUUAUCAUUAUUCCUAAUGCAUUUACACCUAAAGCGCAACGUCAUUUAAUUAAGCAAUGUUUGUCAGUUUAUGCUCAAGCACCCAACACUUCUAAUUUACAUACACAUUAUGUUAUGCCCGAGAGAGGGUUAUGGCCUUUGUAUGAGGCACAAGAGAAAGGCUUACUAAAGCUAACAGAUCCUAAUUUCUUUGUACCUAAAAAGGCAGUUGUAGACAAUGAAGAAUUGACUAGCAGUGAAGACGAAGAAGAAGAAAAAGAGGAAAAAGAAGAAGCUAAACCAACAAGUUUUCCUACAGCAUGUUCAAAUGAAUUUAAGCCCGUUAUUGAAGAUCUCAAGCCUGAUCCUUUACCAGCACCCGGUGUACCCCUUCUAUCUCCUUCUGAUUUAAUUCGCAAACUACGUUGGAUUACAUUAGGUUACCAAUAUCAUUGGCCAACAAAGACUUAUCAUCUUGACCGUCGUUAUCCUUUUCCUGAGGAUAUAGCUGAAUUGAUAAAGGCAGUUGUGACAGCAUCGGAAGGUGUAGGUUAUGAUAACUGGAGAAAUGAAUAUAAAGGUUCUGACUAUAAGGCAGAAGCUGGUGUGAUUAAUUAUUACCAAUACAGAGAUACGUUAAUGGGACAUGUGGAUCGAAGUGAAUUAAAUAUGGAAGCACCCUUAGUAUCCCUUAGCCUUGGUCAUUCUUGUAUUUAUUUAAUAGGAGGAUUAACGAGAGAUACUGUACCUAUUCCUUUAUUAUUAAGAAGUGGCGAUAUUGUUGUCAUGACUGAACCCUGCAGAAAAGCUUUUCAUGGAGUACCUCUUAUUAUUGAAGAUACUUUACCUGAUUAUUUAUCAAAUAAGAAUGAAUAUGAGGAUUCACCAGACUGGAAGUUGUAUGGUGAUUUUAUGAGUACAUCAAGAAUUAAUAUAAAUGUUAGACAAGUCAAUCCAAGGGAAUAA